AUGGUUCAUAGACUUGGGAUAAAGUAAAACCUGUAUUUACAAAAAUAAACGAACUAAGAGCUGAAUUUAAAUUUGAAUAACACACAAAGAAUCUAAUAAACGACAUUCCUACAGUUUAAAAAUAUACUUAAAAAUUAAUAGAAUAUAUAAAAUACCUAAACUUUGUUGAAAAAAAGUAAAUUUUUAUACUUAUUAAUUAUAUAUAAAUUAAAUAUAUAUAGAUUUAGAUUUGAACAUUAUUAAUAAGGGGCUAUAACUAUACCAUUUACAUGGGCUGAUUCUUUUAAUACUCAAAAAUCUGUUGCUGUUCCUUCUAUUUAAUAUGAAAAGGCUUGUAUAUGGUAUAACUUAGCUAUUUUAUAUUACACUGAAGGUCUAUCAUUAUAAGAAUCAAACGAUUCUGAUAAAAGAAAGUAGGCGAUUGCUAAAUACAGACAAGGAGCUUGGGCAAUAACCUAAACAAGAAAUUUAGCCUUAAAUAUAAUUCCUGAAGUAAGAUAAAUUCAUUCAGAUUUAACAGAAGAAAAUUUGGAUAUUUUAUAUCAUUUAAUGAUUGCUAAUUCUUAUGUUUGUUUAUUCUAAAAUUUAUUGCCUUAAGAAAUUAAACUCGGUUCUAAUAUUUUAGCUUAAAUUGCACAAGAAGCUAGUAAUAAUUUCACCAUUGGACUUUCUAAAGUAAAUGAAUGUUUAAAAUAAGGUUCUUCGGGAAUAAAUUAAGAACAUCUAACUUAAACUAAGAAUAGUUUAUAUUUCUCGUCUGUUUAUUAUAUGAUAGAAGCUUCUAAUAAAAUGAUAGUCUAUCACAAUUCGGAAUUGGAAGAUAAUCUUAAAGGAAAUCAUAUGGGAUUAGCACUUGGAUAUAUUAAAAAAGUUGAUAAUGUUUUAAAAUAAGUACUUGGAAAUUAAGCUGCCAUGAAGUCUUUAAAUGAAUAAUAGAAAUAAGCUUUAAUUGCUUUGAAAAAUUAAAACGAUUAAAAAUAUAAUGAAUAUAAUAAUAGGAAUUAAUAAAUUUAUAAAGAAUAAGUAAGUGAAGGUGUUUCUAUAGAAGAAGUAAGUGAUAAUUUAUUAAUAAAAGCUGUAGAACCGAAAGAGUUUGGUGUAUAAUUAACUGUAAACGAAGAUGAUUUUUGUUAGUUUAUGAAUGAUGAAAUGAAUAAAUUAAUAAACGAAAUCAAAUAAUUUGCUUUUUGA